GAAAGGGGGGGGCUCAGAUUUCAAUAGUUCUGGUCGCACGUUUUCUUCGUUUUUUCAUUUUAUUGAAGUUGGUUACUGUUUAACAUCCACACCCAAGUUUCAGUUUGUUUAGUAAAUCGAUGUAAUGACAGGCUCCUCUGACGCCAUUUAAUGGGUUUAUCAUUGAAUUACAACCUACCUCGUGUAGUCAUGAGCUCUCUAAACGCCUCAGAAUCCGAAAUGAAAUAAGAAAUCCACUGUCCCCAUAAUUUAAAAAAAUCCUGAGACUUUUUAGAAAGCGGACAAAGGAGAGUCAAGGAUCCCUGAAUGCAGACGCCGCUGUUGUGAGCGGCUCCCCGCGCGGCUCCGGGUCUUUGGUUGACCGAGCCCUUCGCUCCCACAGAACCGGGCAGCGGGAUGCUCACCGAGUCCAAUGGCGGGGGGGCGGAGGAGACCACGCUCAGCUCUUACUGCGCCAUCUGCGGGGACAAGGCCACGGGCAAGCACUACGGGGCCUCCAGCUGCGACGGCUGCAAGGGCUUCUUCAGACGGAGCAUCAGGAAGAGCCACGUUUACUCCUGCAGGUUUAACCGGCAGUGUGUCGUUGACAAAGAUAAAAGGAAUCAGUGCAGAUUUUGCCGGCUGCACAAAUGUUUCCGCGCGGGGAUGAAGAAAGAAGCGGUGCAAAACGAAAGGGAUCGGAUCAGCUCCCGGAGGAGCGCGUGUGACGCCAGCGAGCUGCCGCCCAUCACGGUGCUGGCCAAGGCAGAGGAGCUGUCCCAGCAGAUGAAUGCUCCUAGUGCCGCUGUCUCCUCGGACGUCUCAGAGAAGACGACAGCAGGUGUGGCCGACGUCUGCGAGUCCAUGAAGCAGCAGUUAUUGGUGCUGGUGGAGUGGGCCAAGUACAUCCCGGCCUUCAGCGAGUUGCCGCUGGACGACCAGGUCUGCCUUUUGCGAGCCCACGCAGGGGAGCAGCUGCUCCUGGGGGUGGCGAAGAGGUCCAUGCCCUACAAAGACGUCCUGCUGCUGGGUACCGACCACGUCAUCCGGCGUGACUGCCACGAGCCCGAAAUCAGCCGGGUGGCCAAUCGCGUGCUGGACGAGCUGGUCGCGCCGUUCCAGGACAUCCAGGUGGACGACAACGAGUACGCCGCCCUCAAGGCUAUCGUUUUCUUUGACCCGGACGCUAAGAGCCUGAGCAACUCGUCGAAGAUCAAGGCCCUGCGCUGCCAGGUGCAGAUGAGCCUGGAGGACUACAUCAACGACCGGCAGUACGACUCUCGCGGCCGCUUCGGCGAGCUGCUGCUGCUGCUGCCCACCCUGCAGAGCAUCACCUGGCAGAUGAUCGAGCAGCUGCAGUUCGUCAAGCUCUUCGGCUUGGCCAAGAUAGACAACCUGCUGCAGGAGAUGCUGCUGGGAGGCCUGGCCACAGAGCCUCCCCACCUGCCUCACUCCGGUCACCCGCAGCUGGUUCCGGACCCCCUGACGGGCCACACCGUCCUUAUCAGCUCACUGCCAGCCCCCGUGCACGUCGAGCAGAUCUCCGCCCCGGAGACACCCGUGCCGUCGCCGCCGCAGGGACCAGCCGCUGAGAUGUACAAGGUCACUUCCAGUCCCUCCCCCAUGCUGGCUCUGCAGGCCGUGCCAGAUCGCGACUCCCCCAACAGCACACUCUAGUGGCCAUUGUUGGGAUUGCAGCAACCUCAGCAUAACGCCUGUAACUGGGAUUUUGGGCAGCACUGCAUUAGUCUCAAAAAUACAACAGGUAUAGAGAGCUGGAAAGUUCAGGUCCAGAAAGUACAAAUCCAGACCAAGAAUUUGUUCCAGCCAACCACCUGAGUACACUAUGACUGGACUCUUUGUGUUCAGCUGGUUGGUUGAAACAAAAUCCUGGUCUGGAUUUGUACUUUCUGGACCUGAACUUCCCAUCUCUGGAGGUGUAUUCAGCAUGAAGCUCUUUUAUUCUGUAUAUGUAAGUAGACUGUGAAAUAUAUAAAGAAUGUGUAUUAAUUAAUACUUAAUAGUGUGUAUCAAUUAUGAUUAAUAUCAUUGGUGCACAAAUGCUUCAUUCAGUUUUUAUAAUUGUAGGAAAACUCUGUGAUUAGUAAAUAGGUAGUUUGUAUUAAUUUGGUUUUCAGGUUUGAAAAGUAAAAAAAUAUUAAUAAUAAAAUGGAUUUCCACAGUGUA